GGUAUUCCUUCAGAAAUGUCGUUCCAUAAUGCAACUAAAUCUUUGGCAAAACUGAUGGAUUCACGAGGAGACUGGGUCCCAGUACCCAGCAUGAUAGACCAUAAUAAUUUUAGGCCCCUCUGCCUGCUUCAAAGGAAGGUGAAGACUUCAUGGUGGCAGAGCUGUUCUUAUCACAAAACUGAAUGCAAGUUAUGUCAUAUACUGUUACCAGAAAACGACAUUUCAAAUCUAGUUUGCCAGAAUUCAGAGUUAUUCACCCUUGAAGACAGUUCAGAUGGAACAUUGAGCGGGGAUAUUAGUGGAAUUACUGAUGCUGAAGUAACUAGCAUUCUCAGGAUUUCUCAUGAAAGGUGUGUGAAGGUGAAAAAGAUACAUGUUCCCAUCCAAGACCUCGAUUCUUUGAUUAAAGAAAUGAAAAUCAACAAUGAUCACCCCUUCAUUAAACAAACAAAGAAGCUUCAGAGGAACCUCUAUGUGAUCACUGAGUCCGCAGAAACUGUGGAAGAGGCAACGUUUGGGGAAUCCAACAAAGUGGAAAGCAGCAUCUUUUAUAAAGCCUAUGUCAGACUGAGACUGAAGGGUGCCCAAGAUAAGAAGAAAACAGUCACUAUACCAAAGGGAUGCAUCUUGGCAUUCAAAGCUAAAAAAUUAUUGAUAGGAGACGGAACCUUAAGUAUUUCCUAUUACUCAAGUGACAAAACAGGAACUUUUGAAAAAAAAAUUUUUUCUACAGAUGCAGCCGUAGGGAUAGGAAAAGCACAGUACAGACAGAUUGUAAAAGACAAUAGGAAAAACCUUCGAAGGGAAGUUGAAAAUGAAUAUGCACCAUUAUCUUCAAUGUCUUCAAACCUGUGUGGCAAAUUUCUAACUAGCUUUGUGGUUCUAAUGAAGAAAAACUACCUUCUUGGAGAACUGGAGCUCCAGCUGGAACAGGCUCUUGAAGACCCUGAACAAUUCAGGCUGAAUACAGACAAACCAGAGUUGAAGGACCUGAUGAAGAACUUGCAAGAUGUCAAAGGAGCAAUUAUCACUGAACUUGCUGAGGCCACCCUCUAUUUUCUUCAGGCUCUUGAUGAACUGACAGAGUUGCAGAUAAUGCUGUUGGUAGAAUCUGUGGAAAAAAAUAUUGUGUCCCAGCAACUGAAACUGGUUGGAAGCAUCCUAGACAAAUAUUUCUGGGACGGAAAACAGAAUUUUACUGUAGAAGUCCAGCUGUUAACUGAAGAGGAAUGGGAUAUAACUGGAGUGUUAAUUGAAGAAAUAAGUGGAAUAUCCAUUCGACGAAGUGGAUGCACUGUUGAUGGAUCUGUAUACCCUGCUGCUCUUUCAGCCCUUCCUGCACUAUACGUGGCUCUGUAUGCAACUGAUCUUCUAUCUAAGAAAAGUUUUUAAGCCAUUCUUUUAAGUCAAAGUAUGUUUGGGGCUAGAAAAGAAAUAGGCUCACAUACAGCAGCCUAAUAUACUGAAAAUGAUGGUGGUAAUCCGACAUGCUUGUUUGAAAGGAAGUUGGCCGGAUAAUACCAAUUGAUAUUAGGUAUUUACUUCUUGUAUUCAACUUCUCCAUAACUGCACUCACACAAAACUCUAAAUCAUUUGUGGUUUGGCUUAGUGGACUAUCCAAACUCAGAUUAGGGCCAGCCAGAAACCAUUAGAGUGAUUAAAAUAAACUAAACAUUAGAAGAAAAAGAAAAACAAACUAAGGAAAAAUAGAUCUAUAUGAUUUCAGUAUAAAAUUAAUGAGUGUGGGAGCUAUUUAAAUGAUUUUUGUAUAAUGCUUUUCUUUUUUUCUUUCAUUACAAUGUCAAAUUCAAAAAAAAAGCUUAAAUGCUUACAAAAUACUGUUCGCAAUUAUCAGUUAUCAGUGACUAGCAAGCUUGUAUUAUAAUCUGUAAGCACAUAUAUGCAGAUCUAGUUUGAGAAAGUGGUUAAGGGACCAGGCUAGAAACCAGGAGACUGUGAAUUCUAGUCCGACCUUAGGCACAAAACCAGUGGGUGACCUUGGCCAGUCACUCUCUCUCAGUUCUACGAAGAAGGAAUUGCCAAAACUCCAGGGGAGAGUCACCAGGAGUAAAAAAUGACUUGAAGGCACAACUUUUAAGCAUGUAUGUGACAUACAAUUAUACUUUUAGUUUCUGUACUUUAAUUAAGAAAUAUGUAAACAUUUUAACAUGUUGCUCUUACGUGUAUUUGCAAUUUACUUGGGUGGGUGGCACAGUGUUGGGCUGGUUCUCUUCCUUCCUCCAGGGUCCUUUCCAGUCAGUGUUGAUGGGGGGAAGAGGUCCAACCCACAGCUCCUCCUUCUGAGGUGCACUUCCUCCCUUCCCAUUGAACAUCUACAUGAAGCCAUUGGGUGAGGUCAUCUGUUUGAGGUGAAGUUUAUAUCCAACAGUUUGGGGUAAGCUUUAUAUAUUCAUCCCAGGUCUUCUGAGUGAUGUUGAGGAGGUACUUUCUCAGUGCCUGGAAGCAGUGGGGGCCUGGAUGGGGUGCAACAGGCUUCAGCUCAACCCAAGCAAGACCUGAGUGGCUCUGGGUUUUUGGACCUCCUGUUUCCAGGGAGCUUCCAUUUUUGGUUCUGGUUGGGGUGGACUGCCCCAGGCAGACCAGGGCAUAAUCCUGGACUUGUGGCUCCUGCUUGAGGAGCAGUUGGUGGCUAGGAGGGUCUUUGUACAACUUCAAGUUAUGCAUCAGUUGCACCUGUUCCUGGACCGGGGGGGGGGGGGCUGCUCAUGGUCCCUCAUGCCCUUGUGACCUCCAGACUGGAUUACAGCCAGUUCUCUUUUAGCGAUCACGGUUGGUUUUGGUGAAAUGAUUGCUCAAUGACACGGUGGCUAAGCAAACCAUGUGCCUGAGAAAAAGAGAUGCUGUGAAGAUUGCUGGUUGCUGCUGUCUCAUUGAGAUAAAGUUCUCUCAUGCAGCAAUGCCAGCUUUA